GGAUUUAACUGACCUGCUUAUCACCUGUUUUGAGCAGUAGAUGGUGCUUCUUGCCAGUCUCCAGUUUAUACUCAAGACUAAUUUUCAAUAUCAAUUGUUUUAAAGUAGUUUCUAAACCGGUUGCUGAAUGUCUGUCUACAUUCUGCAGAGCACACAAUUUAAUUUGAGUCAAAAAAAAAUCUUACUCUGAUCCUGUGUCCGACUCAGACAUUCUCACUAUUUGCUUCUGUAAACAGAGGGCGGGGCCUUGAAUCCCGCCACAGGUAGGUUUAACGUACACCUGUACUACUAUGAGACGGAAAAUACAUUUUAAGACCUACACUAGUAGUAAUAAAAUCACUGCAGACGACAAGAUACAAUGAGGACUUUAGUGAUUUCCACUUUACUGUUUGCUAUGGGCACAUGUUUACCUGCAAUAACCACAUCGUAUUCUAUUCCUCCAGAAGACCUGGAUGGAUCGGGACAUGAUCUGGAAAGUUCUGGCUCAGGUUCAGGGGAACGGGCAGAAGUGUCCAAAGGCUCAGUGAGGUUUACCACUAUCUCAACAUUUACAAUGACAAUGAGUGAAGAUGACUUAAUGUUCAAUGCCAUUGAUGAAGAGGAUAAAACCAUCCCAAUUAUAAUGACAGACAACACCAGAAAUAAAAUAUCAGAGGACUCAGACUUGACCUUUGACAAAAGGCCUAAGCUAGAUGACAACAACGGAUCAGCCAUUGGCAAUGUGGCAAAGAGCGGGGGUCUUCUAGCAAACAAAGAAGCUCUUGCAGCUAUUAUUGCAGGAGGAGUGGUGGGACUGGCCUUGGCUGCCUCCCUGUUAACACUCAUGGUCUAUAACAUGAAGAAGAAAGAUGAAGGAGGCUACACUGUCAACCAGAAAAACACAUCUAACGGAGGAUAUCAGAAACCGAAGACCAAGGAGGAGUUUAUUGCCUAACUUCCCCUCAAAGACAAAAUAAUGUCUCAACCCAGCAGAUUUGUUUGAAGAGUUCAUUUUUGAGAGAAAGAAGUUGGUUGGGUUUGCGCCAGGAGAAAAUUCACAGCAGAAAAUGCAAACUUGUGGUGUAUUCGAGGUUUAAAAAGACGGUAACACUUUACUUGACACCCAGCAUCAUAACAGAUAACAUGGUCAUAACCAUGUCAUAAUACGUCAUAACAGCUGACAUAACUUGUCAUAUGGUCACAACACUGUCAUGACACAUAAUAAACAGCAAAAAAAGAAACGUCCUCUCACUGUCAACUGUGUUUAUUUUCAGCAAACUUAACAUGUGUAAAUAUUUGUAUGAACAUAAGAUUCAACAACUGAGACAUAAACUGAACAAGUUCCACAGACAUGUGACGAACAGAAAUGGAAUAUUGUGUCCCUGAACAAAGGGGGGGCGUCAAAAUAAAAAAUAACAGGCAGUAUCUGGUGUGGCCACCAGCUGCAUUAAGUACUGCAGUGCAUCUCCUCCUCAUGAACUGCACCAGAUUUGCCAGUUCUUGCUGUGAGAUGUUACUACACUCUUCCACGAAGGCACCUGCAAGUUCCCGGACAUUUCUGGGGGGAAUGGCCCUAGCCCUCACCCUCUGAUCCAACAGGUCCCAGACGUGCUCAAUGGGAUUGAGAUCCGGGCUCUUCGCUGGCUAUGGCAGAACACUGACAUUCCUGUCUUGCAGGAAAUCACGCACAGAACAAGCAGUAUGGCUGGUGGCAAUGUCAUGCUGGUGGGUCAUGUCAGGAUGAGCCUGCAGGAAGGGUACCAUAUGAGGGAGGAGGAUGUCUUCCCUGUAAUGCACAGCGUUGAGAUUGCCUGCAAUGACAACAAGCUCAGUCCGAUGAUGCUGUGACUCACCGCCCCAGACCAUGACAAACCCUCCACCUCCAAAUCGAUCCCGCUCCAGAGUACAGGCCUCGGUGUAAAGCUAAUUUUUUCAACGAUACACACGAAUCCGACCUUCACCCCUGGUGAGACAAAACCGUGACUCAUCAGAGAAGAGCACAUACAACAGACCUACAAGCCCUCAGUCCAGCCUCUCUCAGCCUAUUACAGACAGUUUGAGCACUGAUGGAGGGAUUGUGCAUUCCUGGUGUAACUCGGGCAGUUGUUGUUGCCAUCCUGUACCUGUCCUGCAGGUGUAAUGUUCAGAUGUACCGAUCCUGUGCAGGUGUUGUUCCACGUGGUCUGCCACUGAGAGGACUGUCCUUCAGCUGUCCUUCUUGUCUCCCUGUAGCACUGUCUAAGGUGUCUCAGUGCGGACAUUGCAAUUUGUUGCCCUGGCCACAUCUGCAGUCCUCAUGCCUCCUUGCAGCAUGCCUAAGGCACAUUCACACAGAUGAGCAGGGACCCUGGGCAUCUUUCUUUUGGUGUUUGUCAGAGUCUGUAGAAAGGCCUCUUUAGUGUCUGAAGUUUUCCUAACUGUGACCUUAACUGGUCACAAUAAAAGAUCCCAGAAAUGUUCCAUAUGCACAAAAAGCUUAUUUCUCGCAAAUGUUGUGCACAAAUUUGUUUACAUCCCUGUUAGUGAGCAUUUCUCAUUUGCCAAGAUAAUCCAUCCACCUGACAGGUGUGGCAGAUCAAGAAGCUAAUUAAACAGCAUGCCCAUUACACAGGUGCACCUUGUGUUGGGGGCAACAUGCCACUAAAAUGUGCGAUUUUGUCACACAAUACAAUGCCACAAAUGUUUCAAGUUUUGAGGGAGAGUGCAAUUGUCAUGCUGACUGCAGGAAUGUCCACCAGAGCUGUUGCCAGAUAAUUUUAUGUUAAUUUAUUUACCAUAAACCGCCUACAAUGUCGUUUUAGAGAAUUUGGCAGUACGUCUAAAUGGUCUCACAACUGCAGACCACAUGUGGCAUCAUGUGGGCGAGCGGUUUGCUAAUGUCAAUGUUGUUAACAGAGUGUCCCCUGGUGCCAAUGGCAACAAACAGAAUUGCAUUUUGUCGUUGGCAAUUUGAAUGCACAGAGAUACCGUGAUGAGAUCCUGAGGUCCAUUGUUGUGCCAUUCAUCCGCUACCAUCAAAUCACCUCAUGUUUCAGCAUGAUAAUGCACGGCCCCAUGUCACAAGGAUCUGUACACAAUUCCGGAAAGCUGAAAAUGUCCCUACAUACUCACCAGACAUGUCACCCAUUGAGCAUGUUCUGGAUCGACGUGUACAACAGCGUGUUCCAGUUCCCGCCAAUACCCAGCAACUUCACACAGCCAUUAAAGAGGAGUGGGACAACAUUCCACAGGCCACAAUCAACAGCCUGAUCAACUCUAUGCAAAGGAGCUGUGUAAUGCUGCAAAACCAGAUACUGACAAGUUUUCUGAUCCACGCCCAUACCUUUUUUUAAGGUAUCUGUGACCAACAGCAUUUCUGUAUUCCCAGUCAUGUGAUUAGAGCUUAAUUCAUUUUUUUCAAUGGACUGAUUUCCUUGUAUGAACUGUAACUCAGUAAAAUCUUUGAAAUUGUUGCAUGUUGUGUUUGUUUUUAUUCAGUGUAUAUGUCACAACAGGUGUAAAUAUAUGAGUCAUGACAGUGUUAUGACCAUAUGACAGGUUAUGACAAGUUAUGUCAGCUGUUAUGACAUUUUAUGACAUGGUUAUGACCGUGUCAUAAACGCUGGGUGUCUAGUAAAGUGUUAUCAAAAAGGCUUCUAAAGUUAAUUUCAAUUUUAAUACAUAUUUGCCCUUAAUAAAAAUGAAUCAAUCUCAACAAAUAUUUCUUAAUUAUAAUCCACACAAUAAUUCAGAUUUCCUUUUGCUUAAGGUUUAUUUUCCUGCUGUGAGAAACUGGUCACAUUAAGAUCCUACACAUGUAAUUUCAAGUUUUUUUUAGAGUAAGGAACAGGUUUAUUUAAAAUCAAAGUACAUUUUGUAUUACUGUUCCACAUUUGUAAUUAUGUUAUCUGUAACAUGUGUGUACUGUGUGGAUAUUAUACACCUUGAUGUAAUGGACACUUUACAUACAACUGUGUUGAAUGUAAUUAAUAUAGUGUGGCCUUGAGACUAAAGUGUACCUUGUAGUUGUUUGUCCUAUGUCUAAUCCCUUAUUGCUUAAAUAGGAGCGGAAAUUGACCUCUCUAACACAAUACACUCCUUGUGUUGCAACAGUGAGAAGCACCUUAUCACAAAGCAGAGCCAUAUAAUAACCAUCUAUCUCUCUGACUCUGAAUCACCGAGGUCAUAAAGAACUAUAUUACUAAAUUUCUGUACCAGUUUCUAUGUUUUACCAUGCAAAAACACAUUUCUAAGAUAUUUUCACAUGUUCAUAGAGAAACUGUAGACAUUUUUAAAUGUAUAUUUAUAGGUCCAUGUGAGUGGAAUAUUGUUAUGUGAACCAUAACUGUUGUUCUGCUUAUAUCUUAAUGCGUUUUCUGCACUCAUUAAAAAACAUUUGCAUACAA